AUGACUUACAAAACUGAAGUCAUCACUUGCCACACAACAGUAGGUUAUAGAUGUGACUUGUAUCUGGUGGCUGCAGAACACCACCUUGGUGGUCAGGGGGUGUUCGCAGUUCACGUGAACCUGUGUGUCUGCACUCUCUUGUUUCCAGUGAUCGCUAUCGAUAUUGAUCCCGAGAAGCUCAGCCUUGCGCGCAACAACGCCGAGGUGUACGGCGUGGCCGAUCAGAUAGAAUUCGUGUGCGGAGACUUCAUGGUGCUGGCUGCUGACCUGCAAGCAGAUGUUGUGUUCCUCAGCCCGCCCUGGGGGGGGCCUGACUAUGCCACUGCUGAAAUCUUUGAUAUCCAAACCAUGAUUUGCCCGGACGGAUUUGAAAUUUUCAGGCUCUCCAAGAAGAUCACCAACAAUAUUGUGUAUUUUCUACCUCGGAAUGCUGACAUUGACCAGGUGGCUUCCUUGGCAGGGCCAGGAGGGAAAGUUGAAAUAGAACAAAAUUUUCUCAAUAACAAACUGAAGACAAUAACAGCUUAUUUUGGUGAUCUAAUAAGGCAUGACAUCUCCUGAAUUCAGCGUGGAUUCAUCCAAACCCAACCUCCCUGACUGCUGCUUUUCUUAAGCAUUUGUACAGCUGGCUGGUCAAAGAUGACUUAAAGCCAUUUUCCGCUUUAAUUUCUGUUUACAGAAAUUUGUUGUGUUUAUUGCUACUGUCAAUAAAUGUUUUAUAAUAAUUUUG